AUGUCUUCGUACUCGCCUCAGUACUACAGCGCCGCUGUGCCCAUUCCCACCAAGGACCAGCAGUACGCCAGCUACUACCACGGCAGUGGUGGUAGCAACUACUCUGCCUCGCCGCCUGAGGACAAUGACGCCUCUGUGACAUCUGGCGUCCCGUCGUAUGGCAACAGCAGCUACUCAGCCAAUGCUUCCACCUACGCUGAUAGUUCCAGCGGAGACUGGGAUAGCACUGGUUCAGCGAGCGGCGUUGACUUCAAUGAGUACAUCCACGACCGUUUUGCGGAGACCUUUGAUCCCAUCCCGCUUGAUCGCAGCUUGGCUUCGCAGGCGCAAACAUCGGGCCAGCUCAAUAACAAGCAGCGCGAGCUCAUGGAGCUACAGGCAAAAGCCCAAGCUCGACUCGCAAAGUCUCGCGCCCGCUUUCAGGAGGGCAUUCAAGAUGCGCAGGAAGUUCGCGCGAAUCUGGAGUGGACUUCGAAGAAAGUCUCGUGA